AUGAAGAAGGUAGAUAGACCUCGGCCUUUGCUCGCCCAAGCCGGGUUAGACCAAUCUCGGUAUUGCGCAUUCCAUGAUGGGCCUGGGCACACUACAGAUGAAUGCUGGGAUAUGAGGGAUGCGAUUGAAAAAUAUAUCAGAGACGGAAAGCUGCGUCAGUAUUUAAUAAGGACUCAAGGAUGGAGGAACAACAGGAAAAGAAAGGGCCGACCUAUGAGUCCUCCAAAAGAAAAGAGAUUCAAAGAAGAAAGCCGGGGUAAGAAGCCGGCUAGAGAAAAGGAUGAAUUGUUGGAGCCAGAGUUUGAAUGCAAUGUGAUUAGUGGGGCUUUUGGCGGGGGAGGCGAUACUAUUAAUAACAGAAGAAAAUAUUUAAGAGAGGUGCUUUCGAUUCAGGAGCGACCUAUUUUCAAAGAAGAAGCCAAACCAGAGCCGCCAAUGCUAUAUUUUACUAGAAAAGAAUUGGAAGAUGUGAUGCCAGGACAUGUUGACAGAUUGGUCAUUACGGGAACACUAGUCAACUGCAAAGUCAAGAAGAUAUUUGUGGAAAACGGCAGUUGUGCCGACAUAAUUCUAUGGCAGGCGUUCAAAAAGAUGAACCUAGAUGAAGAAAACUUGAAGCCCUGCAACACUUCCUUGAUUGCAUUCAACGGCCGUAACACCAUCCCUAAGGUACAUUGA